UGCAUCUGGCAACCCUGAAUUGGCACGUCACCUAUCAUCUAUUUAUCUAAGAAAAUUUUGCGAAUCUAAAUGUUUAAAUUAUUCUUGAUUUGAAGUACUAAAAUAUUGUUAAUUGCCUCUCAAUCUUGUCUACUAUUAUUCUACAGCUGAUGUUAUAUUCAUUGGUUUGAAAUUGUAUUAGAAUGCGAUGCUACCUCGUCGUCGUAAUAUCGCAACGAGUCUAACAGACCGUACACCUUUACUGGACAACGAAUUGGAUACUUACGAUAAAUUGGAUAAAAAAGAGUCUCCAUUCUCUAAACCAUAUAAACAAUCAAAUAAUUUUGUUUCUACUAAACGGAAAGAAGAUUAUUUUGCAGAAGACGAUUUCAAAUUCGAUUUUCUGGAAGAUUUUGUGUUUGAAACAGUAAUGGCAGCUAGAGAUAGAACUAAUGAAUUUAUAGCAACCGUCCGUAGCCUUCAAGGUCGGACGCUUGCCAGACCAGUAGUAAGAGAUGAGCGGAAAGCUGCAGUUCUUGAAACAUACUCCCAGUUUAUGAGCAUGGCAAAAGUUAUAAGUAAAAAUAUUUCAAGUACAUAUGCCAAGCUAGAAAAACUAGCCAUGUUGGCUAAAAAGAAAUCUUUGUUUGAUGAUCGACCAACAGAGAUACAGGAAUUAACAUAUAUAAUCAAAGGAGAUCUAAGUUCUUUAAAUCAACAGAUUGCAAGGUUGGGAGAAAUGCCAAGGGGUCGCCGAAGUAUGCACAGCCAUUCUUCUAGUGUUGUUGUUGCACUACAAUCACGACUCGCUUCUAUGAGUAAUCAGUUUAAACAGGUUCUUGAAGUAAGGUCAGAAAAUUUAAAACAUCAAAAUAAUAGACGAGAACAAUUUUCAAGAGUAACUCCAGUGGUGACAGAAGUACCAUCUCUUCUUCAACAAGAUGAUGUGAGCAUAGACUUUGGGGAAACCUCUGGUCUACAGGUGCAGAAAUUUGCAAUGAAGGAUGACUCUGAUACUUAUGUGCAACAAAGAGCUGAAACUAUGCAUAACAUAGAAAGUACAAUUGUUGAGCUUGGGGGGAUAUUCCAGCAACUAGCCCAUAUGGUCAAAGAACAGGAUGAAGCAAUAGGAAGAAUAGAUGCUAACAUUCAAGAUGCCGAGAUGAAUGUAGAAGCAGGGCAUAGAGAAAUAAUGAAGUAUUUUCAAAACAUCACAGGCAAUAGGGCACUCAUGUUUAAAGUAUUUGGUGUUUUGAUAUUUUUCUUUAUAUUUUUUGUUGUGGUUAUGGCUUAAACUAACAUUUACACCCAAUGCAAAUAAAGUUUCCAGUCAGAUAAAAAGUUGAAGUGAAAUUAGUAAAGAUUAAAGCUUAUAUAAAAUGUAUAUAAAUAUAUAUAAUAAGUACUUUCAUAAUAAAAAAAAUAAACAUUUAUACCUUCAAUGUCUAAAUAGGUUGUUUAUUUUUUAUAUAAUGCAAACUGGCAUAAUAAAGUGGGCCAGAGCACAGGCUAAAUCAUCCAUUUGUUACAUUAAAGUUGUUUCUGUAUCUGUGUUAAGAUAUUUGUGAACAAAACAAUUAUAUUGACUUUUAAUAAAUAAUAUUUGAUAAAAAACCCAUUACAAAUCUUAAAUCUUCAGUGAGAAACAUGGAUGAGGGUAAAGGAGGUGGAGGGAGGAAAUGUUAAAUUUUGACAAUAAUAUUUCUCAUCAUAACUCACCAAUAGCCAUUGGGUAAUAAUAGCAUUUAUUCAGUACUGGAAUGACAUACUUAUGAACUGAUUUCAAAAAAGGAAGAGGUUCUCAUUUUUGUUUGUUACCUCAUUAUUCUGUCAUUUAUUAAUUGAUUUGGAAUUUCUUUUUUAUCUGAAAGGAUAUACUUUCAAAUUGGUCCCAUAGUAGUUUUAUCAAAAUCAAUUCAGUACUUUUUAUUUCAAAUUGAGUGACUCUUCCUAGUAAAGCUUUAACCCUUUUAGUGCCAUUGAUUUUUACUCAUAUCUAAUUAAAAAUGCCAAAGAAAUCUUUGUGUUGAUAUCAUUUACCCUCAUCUCUAAAAAACUGUAUCUCCUCCAAAAAUUAUCCAAUUUUAAUAUUUUUUUUACAGCAAGCUAAACAACGAUUGAUUUCACGAGCGCUAUGACGCUCGUGGCACGUUUAGUUGCAAUGCGCACGAGCGCGAUGGCGCUCGUCGGCACUCAAAGGGUUAAACUGUAAACUUGAAAUUUGUUUUUAUAAUGUAUUUUGGUAUUUCAAAUAUUUUUAUUUCUUUGGUAUAAAAUCUAAAAAAACUACAUAAUAAUGAAUAAAAUUGUAUUAUUAAUUUCACAUUAAAAUCUAUUGUUGUCUUCUGGUCACAAACAGACAUUACAUUAUAUAAUUUCUAUUAUUUACUUAGGUACUAUUUUCCCAUUUUAGUUCUGUGAAUGAAAGGUAAUAAAAUACCCUAAAGAUGACUUAGUUCUAUAUAUGUAUAAAAAUAAUUAUAUUAAUAAGCACUGUAAAUACAUAUUUUUACGAACAGUAUAUCAUUAUUUAGUUAUUUUUAUUGUAGUUCACCUUUCAUUAAAAUUGUAAAUAUUAAAACAAAUCCUUGAAGUCCAUUCUGUUACACCAUUCUCAAAUCUAUUUUUAAAAUUUAAAUUCCAAUUUUAUACCAAAAUUGAAAUGGUUAAGAACCAAUAUAAAAACUUAAACUUUUAAUAGAAUUAAGUUAAAAUUACUACUAAUUCAGUUCAUAUAGGUCCUGAACAAAUUCCCUGUGAUGUCAAAUUGAAAUUUUAAAGAUAGGUUUAGAGUAUGGUGCCACAGAAUCAAUCCCCGUAUUUGACACAAAUAUUUUAAACACGAAAUAUUAGAUUAUAUAAUACACAUCACAACCAGUAACACAAAGAUUGAAUUAUGUUUUUUGGAAAGCAAUUUUUUCUAUGUGUAUGGCCAUAUUAUUAAAAACUAGCAGAAUACCAAUAGAAUAUUGUCACCGAUCAUACUUUUUUUCCUGACUCAUUUAAAGUCUAGAGAAUAUCAAUAAUCUAUACUUAUACCAAAUCUGUAGAGAGGUCAAUUCUGUACAUGAAAUAUAUUUUCAAAAUAACUAUCAGGGGGUGAUUAGUGAUCGAUACUGAUGCCAAAAAUGCAAUCAGUAAAUUUUUGUCUGUUUGUCUGUAUGUUCGUUAUAGAAACAAAAACUACUUGACGGAUUUUCACGAAACUUGGUACAAUUAUUCUUCAUACUCCUGGGCAGGUUAUAAUAUACUUUUCUUUUUUUUUUUU